CGUCGCUGGUUUUGUGUGUAUCCCCUGCCUCAGCAGUCCUUUCACGGAGAUAUCGUGGCCGUGGCUUUUAUUGACGCGCUAUCAAGCAUGGAGCUGAUCUCGCACUGGUGGUUGAAUUAGUAAUGCGGCCACAAGGGAUUCCAUUAUAAAUAGGGAGUCACAGAGUCUUGCCCAUUCAUUGUGACCAGUAGACAGAACCUACCUCGUCACCAUCCCUCAGCCUUUCCCCCAUCCCCUACCCCAUCCAUCCACACCUCCCACGGACCCUCCCAAAAUGGCCAACCUAACCCUCCACGAAGUCCUCCUCCCAACCUUCACCAACGGUCUUCUCACCCUCGACCACAUCCUCACCUCGGCGGAGAAGCACGCCUCGUCCAACGGCCUCGACGCCGACGCAGAGUACCCCGACGCUCGCCUGGCCGCGGACAUGCGGCCCCUCUCCUUCCAGGUGCACAACGCCGCCAGCACCGUGAAGCGGGCCCUGGAGCGCAUCGGCGCCGUCCCGGCCACCGACGAGUGGGUCCCCUUCGACGAGGGAGCCGCUGCUACUACUACUACGAUUGCCGACCUGCGGGCACGCGUCGACGCCGCGCUGGGCCUGGCUAGGGGGGUCGAUGCUGGUGUGGUUGAUGCGCGGGCGGGGGAGUUGGUGGAUCUGCCUUUCCGUGGGGAGGUGCUGAAAUUGAAGGGGAAGGAUUUCAUCCUCAAACAGGCCAUCCCAAAUUACUUCUUCCAUCUGCAGACCGCGUACGCUAUCCUUCGGUCUAAGGGUGUGCCUAUUGGCAAGCUGGAUUAUAUUAGCAGCUUCGUGGAGGACCACGCAGCUUCUUGAAGAGGUUUGGGUAACGAUGAUUGUUGGCGGGUCUGGGUCUCAGCAGGGGCAUACAUGCUCGGGAGAUCUGGAGACCUGCCCAGCUCUAUCGGGUUGUCGUGGAGGUCAUUGUGUUUGUGCAACUCCAU